UUGGCAAGAGAUUUAUUGUACAAGCACCAAUGUCAUAGACCAGAUACCAUCUACUUCACAGGAUGUUUUAACAGAGAUGUCAGAGCAAUCUAAUAAGAAGGAAUUCGUUACUUUGCAUAAUGUUCCUUUAUCUACAACACCGUAUUUUGAGGAUGAUGUGUCAUCUAUACACGAGGUUCUGCCAUCACCAGGUAACGAACAAUUAGGUGAUGAUCCUGGCGAUUGUGACGACAGCGAUAAGGAUAAAGACUACGCCCCAGAGUCAGAAAGUUCAGAUUCUGAUAUGGUUAAUCUACAGCAACUUGCAGAUAAAAUAAAAAAGAAAAACAACAAUUCGGCGGGUCAAGUGGAAAAUGUUAUUAAAGAAAAUAGGCGAGGUCGGAAAACAGUAAAGGAAGAAACCAGGGAGAAAAGAAAGUUAAGAAAAACAAACAGAAAUUUGGGUAGGGAAUAUACUACCAGCAAGGGGAAACUUAUCAGAAAAAAAGAGAGAGAAGACCUUUAUGCUCUUGUAGGAAUGGAUGUUGUAGUAAAGUAGAUGAUGUUCAGUUGGACAUGCUUUUUGAUUAUUUCUGGUCAAUUGGCGACUUUGACGAGAGGGUUGCCUAUACCGCAAGUCUUAUUACGAAACAAAGAAAGAAAACAGCAAUAACGUCAGAAAGGAAGAAAAAGCGAGACUGUGUUAACGUUUUUCAUUUGAAAGUUAAUGGCGAGUUGAUUCAAGUUUGUAAAGGGUGCUUUGAAAAAACCUUCGAUAUUUCUAAUAAAUUUAUAACGACUGUAUUAUUAAAAAUGAACUCAACAGGAAUAUGUGAAAAAGAUAAAAGAGGUCGUAAAGAGCCUCCAAACAAAAUAAGUGAAAACAGUUUGCAGCUAGUAAAAGAUCACAUAGCUUCCAUUCCAACCUACGAAAGCCAUUAUUGUAGGAGGAAUUCCGAAAAAGGAUUUUUACCUUCAUUUUACACGUUGAUACGUCUUUAUGAAGAAUAUAAAAUUUGGGUCCCGCCAAAUAAUAAGCCCGUAAGUCGUAAGAUUUAUGAACAUGUUUUUCACGAAAUGGGCAUUAAAAUAAAAAAGUUCCAGAAAGACACAUGCGCUACGUGUGAAAAAUUGAACAUUUUGAUUCGCAAUGAGAAAAACAGUGAAACCUU